UCUCCUAGAAACUUUUAGGGAAUUAAUAGUACCACGUAAGAACAGAGGCGCUUUAAGCUGCACGAUAGGUUCACCCUCUAGGUGGAAAACUAUAAAUUAGAAGAACACACGUGACUUUACUCUAUAUCUGUUUCUUAUUCAGUGCAUAUGUAAUUUGAAGAAGAAAUUAUAACCUUUUUGUUGAUGUUGUGAAAGUCGUAAAGUUCACUAUCAUUUACGCCAAAAAUACUUUGUUAUUAAAAAAAUGUCAGAUUUUAAGAAUUUAGAACAAGCAUUAAGGCGCCUGAGAAAAAAUGUUGCAAAAUUUCCAAUCGGAGCAGUUUCGUUGUAUGACCAUAAACCUGUAGAAGAAAAAAUUCAAAUUUUAAGAGGAUCAACUAGUCGCCUAAAUUCCAAGAAGAUAAUGGUUAAAGCUAAAAUAAAUUACACAAAAAAUAAAUCAUCUACAAAAAGUAAGGAGGAUAGUUUUGAAAUGCUACAAGAUUCUACAGCCAAAGCAAUUAUAAAUAAUAAUGCAAUUAAACUAUGUCUUCGUGGUUGUACUAUACAAGACAUUAUGUUUAAUAAAUAUAAAACUGACAUUAAAAAGAAAAUGAUCAUGGCUAUGAGGAAGUUAUUUAUGUUGAACGACGCUAUCCUGUCAAAUCAACAAUCUGUUGAAAAUGCAUUUCAAAAACAACUAAUUUUAAAAAUUGAAUGCCAGAAAUCUAUACUUGAUUACCAUACCUUUUUAAAGGAACAAGAUACUCAAAGAAAGGAAAAGUUGCAGAAAACAAAUCCUACCAUAGCAGAGAAUAAAGAAAAAAUACUAAAAUUUAUAAAAAAAAUAAAUAUUAUAAAAAAACUUAUCACAAACUUCGUAGCAACUUCAGCUGUACUCUUAAUGAAAGAACCUCUCUUAAUAGAAAUGUUAGAAAAGCAUGGAGAAAUAAUUAACGAAGAAACAAUAAUGAAAUUAACAGAGAAUGCUCGCAAGGGUAGAAAGUGAAAGUGUAGAAAAAGUGUUCGUUUUUUUGUAUUUUUUAUACUUUUAUACGAUAAUGAUGUAAUUAAUCAUAAUCAUAAAUAUUUGCAUUUUUAAUAAGCAUUUCAUUUGCGUUUAAUAUGAAAAUGUUCAAUAAGAUUAAUGUGAACUGAUUGACAAAGAAUAUCAGUGAAAGUAUUGAAAAAUUUGUUUUAACCAUA